AUGAUAAAACAAGCGCGGCUAUCUUUAUCACAUAGUUACAAAAAUCCUCACAGCGUGAAAAUGAAACUUUUAAUUUUAAUUUGUUUGAUAAACUUUGCGUUAUCUUCUGAAGAAAUGUUUCCUCGGAUUUUAAUAAUUGGUUCAGGACCAUCCGGCAUUGCGACCGCUUCAAAAUUGCUUCAGAAUGGAUUUAGAAAUUUGACUAUUCUCGAAGCGGAAAAUCGAAUCGGCGGAAGAGUUUAUUCAAUAAAACUCGGAGAUUAUUUAGUCGACGUAGGAGCGCAAUGGGUGCACGGAGAAAAAGAUAAUGUAGCAUUUGAACUAGCUUGGCCCUUAGGGCUUCUUGAAAGAUUGAGCGACAACAAAGAAUUUGAUUUUAAUUCGAAAAUAUAUGGAUCUAAUGGUGAAGAAAUAUCUUUAAACGCAUCAAGCUCUUUGGUUGGAUAUCUUAUGGAGAAUAUUAGUUCGUCCGAUUCUAUCAAUGAAAGCCUCAAAGAUUUGAAAAGCGUUUCGUUUGGAGAAUACGCUGAGAAGAAGUUAAUGGAAUUUUUUAAAAAUAACGAAGAAAUACCUGCCAAUAAACACAAACCAUUGCUUCAUCUUUUGGACAUGGUAGAAAUGACAAAUGAAGCUGCUCCAUCUUGGCACAAUCUUUCGGCGAAAAACGUCAGAGAUUAUCCAGAAUGUGAAGGAGAUCAGGCUAUUAAUUGGAAAGAAAGAACUUAUGCUACUAUUUUGGACAUACUUAUGAAAAAAUAUCCGAAUCCGGAAGAAGAAUUACCUGUGAAGAAUAUAACAAAGUUAAAUACAAAAGUUACUGAGAUAAAAUAUGAUGAAACUCCUCUAAAAGUAAUCACUGCUGAUAAAGAAGAAUACUUGGCUGACCAUGUAAUAGUUACAGUGUCUUUAGGAGUUCUUCAGAAGAAUAUCGACACUUUAUUCAAACCUCAGUUGCCUGAGAAGAAACUCAAUACAAUAAAAAGUCUUUCUUUUGGAACAGCGGCUAAAAUAUUGAUUUAUUAUGACGUUCCAUGGUAUGUAAAUGAACCAAUUGGUUUGUGGGCGAUGUAUUGGACUGAAGAAGACCAAAAACAAAUCGAAAAUGAUCCUCAGAAGAGAUGGAUGCUCGGUUUAUCUGUAGGGUCCAAAACAGAGCACAAGCCCAAAUUGUUUGUACUAUGGGUCACUGGGCCUCAUGUCAAUGAAAUGGAAACUCUUUCUGAAGAAAUGUUCCAAGAACAGGUCAAAGAUAUUUUAAAGAGGUUUUUUGGAAAAGCCUGCAACCUCACGGAGCCUUCAAUAAUAAAACGGAGUUCUUGGAGCACUAAUGAAAAUUUUCUUGGAACGUGGAGUUACGUUUCUGUUCAAGCUGAAGUCAAUGGGAUUGAUAAUAAAGAUUAUGCCGAGCCAAUUAUGAAAAAUGAGUCACCAGUUUUGCAGUUUGCUGGAGAAGCGACUGCGUAUCAUUCUGCUACAGUUCAUGGAGCAAUUGAAUCUGGGUGGCGAGAAGCUGAUCGUUUAAUAAAAUUCUAUAAUAAAUAA